UGCGCGCCGUGGCACCGCCUCCGCCCGCCCCCACCCCCUCCAUCCCGCUCGCUCGCCGCGGCGGGGCGGCCCUUUCGCGUGUCCGCACUCCCUCCCCUCUCCUCUCCUCCUCCUCCAUUUUGCGAUCUCGAGUCGGUGACGGGAGCCCGAGUCGCCGCCCGUCCGUCGGGGACGGAUUCUCGUGGGUAGAAGGAGACGCCGCCGCCCCAGCGGCCGGAGCGAGCGGCCAGGCGCCGGGACGGAGGACGCGCGCCCGAGACCCAGCCCGCUGAGACGGGCUCGGGGCGGGGGCUGGCUUGUCAGCCGAGAAAUGCGAGACUUUUCUUAGAUAGGGGCUCCCCCCCACCCAUGGAGAAGGGGGCGGUUAUUUACUUCCCUUUUUUAGGAAAAAAACCUCCCUCUUCCACACGCUAAGUUGUUUAUCUGGACUGCCCUGGAAGCUGCGGACGGCGGUGGGUGAGCGGUGCCUCCAGCAGAGCUGAUAUUCAUUGAUGGACUCGAAGGAACCAUUAGGCUCCCCCAGUAGAGAAGAAAUCCCCAGCAGUGUGCUUGUUGGGGAGAGAGGAAAAGUGAUGGACUUCUAUAAAACCCUAAGGGGAGGAGCUACUGUGAAGGUUUCUGCAUCUUCAUCCUCACUGGCUGCUGCUUCUCUGUCAGACUCCAAGCAGCAACGACUUUUGGUUGAUUUUCCAAAAGGCUCAGGAAGCAAUGCGCAGCAGCCAGAUCUGUCCCAGGCAGUUUCACUCUCAAUGGGACUGUAUAUGGGAGAGACAGAAACAAAAGGGAUGGGAAAUGAGCUGGGAUUCCCACAACCGGGCCAAAUCAGCCUUUCCUCUGGGGAAACAGACUUUCGGCUUCUGGAAGAAAGCAUUGCAAACCUCAAUAAGUCGACCAUUGUUCCAGAGAAUCCCAAGAGUUCAGAUUCUGCUACUGUUUCUGUUGCCCCCACAGAGGAGUUUCCAAAAACACAGUCUGAUGCAUCUUCAGAGCAGCAGAAUUUGAAGAGCCAGACUGGCACCAACGGUGGCAAUGUGAAGUUGUAUACCACAGACCAAAGAACCUUCGACAUUUUGCAGGAUUUGGAGUUUCCUUCUGGGUCCCCAGGUAAAGAGAUGAAUGAGAGCCCUUGGAGACCAGACCUCUUGAUAGAUGAAAACUGUUUGCUUUCUCCUUUGGGAGGAGAGGAUGAUCCAUUCCUUUUGGAAGGAAACUCAAAUGAGGACUGUAAGCCUCUCGUUUUAACAGAUACUAAACCUAAAAUUAAGGAUAAUGGAGAUCUGAUCUUGCCAAGCCCCAGCAGCGUGACACUGCCCCAAGUGAAAACAGAAAAAGAAGAUGAUUUCAUCGAACUCUGCACCCCUGGAGUAAUUAAGCAGGAGAGACUGGGCCCAGUUUACUGUCAGGAAAGUUUUUCUGGGGCAAAUAUAAUUGGUAAUAAAAUGUCUGCCAUUUCUGUUCACGGUGUGAGUACCUCUGGGGGACAGAUGUAUCACUAUGACAUGAAUACAGCAUCCCUUUCUCAACAGCAGGAUCAGAAACCUGUUUUUAAUGUCAUUCCACCAAUCCCUGUUGGUUCAGAAAAUUGGAAUAGGUGCCAAGGAUCUGGAGAUGACAACUUGACUUCCUUGGGAACUUUGAACUUCCCGGGGCGAUCGGUUUUUUCUAAUGGCUAUUCAAGCCCUGGCAUGAGACCAGAUGUAAGCUCUCCGCCUGCAUCCAGCUCAGCAGCAUCAGGGCCACCUCCCAAACUCUGCCUUGUGUGCUCUGACGAAGCUUCAGGAUGUCACUAUGGGGUCUUGACCUGUGGGAGCUGCAAAGUCUUCUUCAAAAGAGCAGUGGAAGGACAGCACAAUUAUCUUUGUGCUGGAAGAAAUGAUUGUAUCAUUGAUAAAAUUCGAAGAAAAAACUGCCCUGCAUGCCGCUAUCGGAAAUGUCUUCAAGCUGGAAUGAACCUGGAAGCUCGAAAAACAAAGAAAAAGAUAAAAGGAAUUCAGCAGGCCACUACAGGGGUCUCACAGGAAACUUCUGAAAAUUCUGCUAACAAGACAAUAGUUCCUGCAACAUUACCACAACUCACCCCUACCCUGGUGUCACUGCUGGAGGUCAUUGAGCCAGAAGUGCUGUAUGCAGGAUAUGACUGCUCUUCCCCAGACUCCACUUGGCGGAUCAUGACCACACUCAACAUGUUAGGUGGGCGACAGGUGAUCGCAGCAGUGAAAUGGGCAAAGGCAAUACCAGGAUUCAGGAAUUUACACCUGGAUGACCAAAUGACCCUACUGCAAUAUUCAUGGAUGUUCCUCAUGGCAUUUGCCCUGGGCUGGAGAUCAUACAGACAAUCAAAUGCAAACAUGCUGUGUUUUGCUCCUGAUUUGGUUAUUAACGAGCAAAGGAUGUCUCUACCGUGCAUGUAUGACCAAUGUAAACAUAUGCUAUAUGUUUCCUCUGAGUUACACAGGCUUCAGGUAUCUUAUGAAGAAUAUCUCUGUAUGAAAACCUUACUGCUUCUCUCAUCAGUUCCUAAGGAAGGUUUGAAGAGCCAAGAGCUGUUUGAUGAGAUUAGAAUGACCUACAUCAAAGAGCUGGGGAAAGCCAUUGUCAAGAGGGAAGGGAACUCCAGUCAGAACUGGCAGCGGUUCUACCAACUGACAAAACUCUUGGACUCCAUGCAUGAGGUAGUUGAAAAUCUCCUUCACUAUUGCUUCCAAACAUUUUUGGAUAAGACCAUGAGUAUUGAAUUCCCAGAGAUGUUAGCUGAAAUCAUCACCAAUCAGUUACCAAAAUAUUCAAGUGGAAAUAUCAAAAAACUUCUGUUUCAUCAAAAGUGACUGCCUUAAUCAGAAAGGUUGCCUUAAAGAAAGUUGACUUUAUAGCUUUUAUUGUACAAACUAUCAUUUAUCUUAUAGCGGUUAUGUUGUUUUAUUUUUAUUUUUUGUUUAUGUCUGAUGUUUUUGUCUUGUUUUAAACACGCACUACAUGUGGUUUAUAGAGGGCCAAGACUUGGCGACAGAAGCAGUUGAGCCCUCGCUUUUCAGUGAUGGGAACAGUAGGAAGUGAUAGUUGGUGGAUCCCAGAAAUGAGAAACAAUGAGGUGGGGUCAUCUCCUUGUUGGAGAAGGAUGGCACUCUAACCACCAGUGCCCAAAGUCUGCUCAAUGAACUUCCUGCUCAUACUUAUCACAGUUGGCUAGACAAAAUCUUCUAGACUUUUUGUUGGUGUAUUUGCCCUGUAUAUUUAGGAUAAAAUUUUUUGAUUUAUGCAUGGAAACCUGAAAAAAAAGUUUACAAGUGUAUAUCAGAAAAGGGAAGCUGUGCCUUUUAUAGCUAUUGCUGUCUGGUUUUAACAAUUUCCUUUAUAUUCAGUGAACUACGCUUGCUCAUUUUUUCUUACAUAAUUUUUGUAUUCGAGUUAUUGUACAGCUGUUUAAGAUGAUGGGCAACUAGUUCAUAGCUUUCCUAAAUAAACUCUAAACAUUAAUCUUCUGUGUGAAAAUGGGUUGGUGCUUCUAAACUGAUGGCACUUAGCUAUCAGAAGAUCACAAAAAUCGACUCAAAUCUCCAGUAUUCUUGUCAAAAAAAGCUCACAUUCUGUAUAUAUUUUCUUCAGUGGAGGAUUAUAGAGGUUGUGCAAAUUAACCACCCUAACUGGUAUCGAGCACCUACCUGGUCCAAACCUGCAGGGUAAACCGUAGAUGAUGGUUGCAAAAAGACUAAUUUUUUUAAAAAACACAAAAAACUACCAAGAGGACCUGUCUGCACCUAAUGCCCUAUCCCUGCAAUGGUUAAAUGGCAAGAAUGAGUUUCCCGUCAUUCAGGACCUUUUGUUGUAGUUUGUAUAACUUCUUAAAAGUUAAGAUUCCAGAUAACCAGCUGAAACAAAGCUGAGGGAUUUUAAUCAGACCAAGCGAUUCCUCUCACUUUACCCAAAAAAACGAAAUCUCUAAUGUGGCAGAAGUGGCUAGACACCCAUUUUCACAUUCCCAUCUGUCACAACU